AUGGUCAUCCUGUCCAUUUCGGUAAUCUCGUCAAGUUUGACAUCAGCAGAAGCUGAAGCCUUUUCUUUUGAUUUUUCAUCUCCGGCAUUCGAAUCGAAUUUGGUCGACUCAGCCACACCACCACCAUCAGUAUCAUCAUCUUUGUUCUUUUCCUUCAUUUCCAAGGGGAUGGUAUUAGUGUUUAUUGGACAAGGGACCUCUUUGAAGCCAAUAGAUUCGGUUCAACCACCUCACGAUGAGUCUCAGUGGCUCGGCUGGCACGGCCCCGACCUCUUCCCCUGCCCCGACCUCUUCCUCUCCCACUGCCGCUGCUCGUGUGAUCAUCCUGGGAAAGUAAAUGAGGUAACAGGCAGAGAAAUAGAAUACCUUCUCUUUGUGACCUGUGGUGUCAGAAUGACCAUAGUCGGGAACUUUGCUGACAACUUCCUUAAGAAAGUCAAACACGUUCACAUACCCGCCCUUAGAGAAACCAAGGGCACGUAUAUGCUGUACGAUGAUGAUGAUGCACCACUGGGGAUGAUGCAACGAGUUAACGGUCUUUGCCCCUCUUUGCACAGUUAUGUCAUAGAAAAACAUGGAACUUAUAAUGAGAAGAGAGAAACAAGAACAACACUUGUUAAACAUUAG